AUGAGUCAAGCUCCGCUUGCCCAAAGCGCCGAUAGAGCAGUCCUUUUCGCUCGAUUGGGGCUGUCAAGCCAAAACGAGUCCGUCCACAAGAUGAUGCUGGCCGAGGCACAGGUUGGAAGAGAUCGCCUGAGUACUCAACCGGCAAAUUUAACAGCGCAGUCGAGUCAAGAUCCUAAUGUGCAACCUUACUACAAGUGGGACGAAAUUUCGGAGACAGCCAAGCACAGGGAAAUUCUGGCUAUUGUCAAGAGGGCUGAUUUCCGAACGAGGCCCUACUAUGAAAUGGGUAGUUACUAUGAAGGAGGAAAUGAAGAGAAUUGGGUAAUAAGCCCCUGGUAUAGGUGCCUGGUCGCUGACUUGGGAAAUGCAUCCUGGAAGUUCCCAAGAAUUCACCACAUGAGUGGCAUUCUGACCGGAGGACUAUUCGACGGUGUAUUUCACAAGCAGGACACGGUAGUCCGUUGGUACUUGUGGCACAGCUUCCGGUACCGAGACAACAGAGACAACAGCAGAAACUCUAAGGCCACGGUCAACGGAGCUCACCAAGGACAUCCGGGACCUGGACUACCGUGGGACCCAGCCCGGCAUUGUUAGACCAAAACAGUCGACCGGCCUAUGGCUACGUGUGACAACCCUGCAAUCAAUUGUCGGCCAAUACCAUUAUAUGUAGAUGUUGAGGGUUCAUGGGCUUUGUCGGAAGUAACAAGCCACCGAGUAGAUGAAGCUGCUUGAACUCUCCUGCAAACCCCUACUUCUUCAGGUGUAUUGUCUUGUUUCAGCCAUCUCUUGCUCUUAUUUGGUCACCUUUCGGCUUUCGGCCAUCACCUUAGAGAUAUGUUGAUCGCUCGUU